CCUGGUUCACGCAGCUCUGCCGACCACAGGGGCGGCUCAGUUCGCCGCUGCGUUCUUCCCUCCGAAUACCCGAGCUGCUGCCGCGAUGGCCACGGCUGCUGCGUUCACCGCCGCAGCUGGGAUGCCCCUCCGCCGCCCGGGAACCCCCUCUACGGCCGAUAUAUUUCUACCUGGAGCUUACCCGAGAGCACUAGAGCCAGCCACAGUAUACCACACCCUCCACUGGCCCUACACUAUGGCAAUAGCCAAAGGGAGCAGUUUCGAAGGAGGGGAGGGGGCCGCUGCCUCGAGCAAGAAACCGCGGACUAUCUUCACGCCCAAACAACUGCUCUAUCUCGAGGAGGAGUUUGCAAAGAACCAGUUUCCCAACAUGGAGACGAGGAAGAAGAUGGCCAAAACCCUUGACCUCACUCAGCAACACAUUCAGGUCUGC